CUGCCUCCGCCCGGCCGCGGCCAGCCCGCCGCGCCGCGCCGCACAAAGAGCCCGGGCCCGGGUCGCCUUGGAAGGCGGCCGCCUGAGCUCUCAGGUGUCCCCGAGUCCCGGCCUCCGCGCUCUGGCUGCCUCCUCGACCGGUGCUGCAUGGCGAGCGCCGGGCCCCUGCGCCCGGGUCGCGGCGUCCACCCCAUUGUUUAUUCCCUGGGCUUAGGGGCUUGGGGGUAGGUGGAUCUGUCAAGAAACCAGCCGCUAGGAGAGGGAGGGGGGGAGCCCGGCUGUGAGGCGUGUGCGCCCAAGAACCAUGUCUACGCGGGAGUCCUUUAACCCGGAAAGUUAUGAAUUGGACAAGAGCUUCCGGCUAACCAGAUUCACGGAACUGAAGGGCACCGGCUGCAAAGUGCCCCAAGAUGUCCUGCAGAAAUUGCUGGAGUCCUUGCAAGAGAACCACUUCCAAGAAGAUGAGCAGUUUCUGGGAGCAGUUAUGCCAAGGCUCGGCAUUGGAAUGGAUACUUGUGUCAUUCCUUUGAGGCAUGGCGGCCUGUCCUUGGUUCAAACCACGGAUUACAUUUAUCCCAUCGUCGAUGACCCUUACAUGAUGGGCAGGAUAGCAUGUGCCAAUGUCCUCAGUGACCUCUACGCAAUGGGGGUCACAGAAUGUGACAAUAUGCUGAUGCUUCUUGGAGUCAGUAAUAAAAUGACCGACAGGGAAAGGGAUAAAGUGAUGCCCCUAAUUAUACAGGGUUUUAAAGAUGCAGCAGAGGAGGCGGGAACGUCUGUGACGGGCGGCCAAACAGUGUUAAACCCCUGGAUUGUUCUGGGAGGAGUGGCUACGACUGUCUGCCAGCCCAAUGAAUUUAUCAUGCCAGAUAACGCAGUGCCGGGGGACGUCCUGGUGUUGACGAAGCCCUUGGGGACACAAGUGGCCGUGGCGGUGCACCAGUGGCUGGAUAUUCCUGAAAAAUGGAAUAAAAUUAAACUAGUGGUCACCCAAGAAGAUGUGGAGUUGGCGUACCAGGAGGCGAUGAUGAACAUGGCCAGGCUCAACAGAACAGCUGCAGGACUCAUGCACACAUUCAAUGCCCACGCUGCCACGGACAUCACGGGCUUUGGAAUUUUGGGCCAUGCUCAGAACCUGGCCAAGCAACAGAGGAAUGAGGUGUCCUUUGUGAUUCACAACCUUCCCGUCCUGGCCAAGAUGGCUGCUGUGAGCAAGGCCUGUGGAAACAUGUUUGGCCUCAUGCAUGGGACCUGCCCGGAGACAUCAGGAGGCCUUCUAAUCUGUUUACCACGUGAGCAAGCAGCUCGGUUUUGUGCAGAGAUAAAGUCCCCCAAAUAUGGUGAAGGUCACCAAGCCUGGAUUAUUGGGAUCGUAGAGAAGGGCAACCGGACGGCCAGGAUCAUAGACAAACCUCGGAUCAUCGAAGUCGCCCCACAAGUGGCCACUCAGAGUGUGAACCCCACACCUGGGGCCACCUCGUAAUCUAGACCGAAACACCUAUUUGGUUUUGUUUUUAAAUCAAUCUAUUUCCUUUAUCAUCAUUUCAAUUAAAGACUAUAAACAACAACAACAAUCUCAUUGUGUCUACACAUCUGGUGACCUUAGGUCAAUUUGUGAGUGGAUGCAAUUAAUAAAAUAAAAUCCAUUGCCUUUUUUUCCUGUUACAUUAACUGAAGAUGCACCUAAUCCUGAGGCAGCUUCUGAGUUGAGAAUUAUAUUGUUAUCCAAUACUGUUGAUUCAUUUUGAAUCUUUAGACACUUAACUCUUGCCGCAUAGGCUCUUUUUAAAGGUGCUUUCACACAGCACAGACAUUACCAAUCGUAGUGUCAAUAGCAGUUGGUGUCUUUUCAUUUUAUGGAUAUUUAUCAUUAUCAGUCUGAUUUUCUUCUAAGUGUCUUGAGUGGUGUUCUGGAAAGACAGGAUUGGUAAGUGACACAAUGGUUUCCCAGUAGUAAGACAGUUGCAUGAUUCCUUUGAGUCUUUGACUUAUAAAGCCUCAUCUUCUAAUUCAGAGCAUCUCUUUGACCCAGGACAGCUCCCAUGAUGCUUUCAGUUAAACAAGACAAGUGCUUAACUCUGCAUGGAAAGCACUUGGAAGAAAAAAAAGAAAUUUUAUUUCUUUUUUUGUAACCUUCCUAAUAUUUACAGUAGUGUCAUUAACUGUUUUCUUUAUGGAGAGCCAAAAAGGAUACUUUUCUGCAACGUAAUGAGAUGUUUUAUAGUGCAACAAGGAAUUGCCUUCCAAAAGGGGGUUCAUGUAUAAUACUCAUUUACAAUUCCAUAUAUAAUUACACAAAUAAUUUUUAAAUAUAAUCAAUAAUAAAGACUGUUCUGUGGAUGGUAGUGUUUAAUACAUUUUAUAUUUUGUAUAGUGAUUUCAGGCCUUUUGUUUUCUUGAAAUAAUCAGCUAUUUAGCAUAAUUCUUAGCAUUUUUUUGUCUUUUGCGCCAGUAAGUUUUUGUGCACGCUUUUUGUGAUCUCUGUUAAAAAUCUGCAUUGCCAACAUUGCAGCAGCUCAAACUUGUUCAAAUAAAUAUUUAAUUUUUUUUAUUGCUCUUGUAUAAUCAGAUGCCCCUUUUAGUAUUAUUUUAGAAGCAUUUGGGAGGGUUUUGGCUAAAGUACAAUUUAUUGGGGAAAACUAGAUUUUAGUUUUAUAAAACUUUUAAGUCUUUCAUGGGACCUAUAUUUUCUUGAAUUAAAUUUUGUAGUUCUAGAAGAAACAGGCAAUCUACAAAGGUGUUUAUCUGUGUUACUUAAAAACAGAGGCUUCCUUAUAUUUAACCGACUACAUGAUUAGGAAGGAUUCCUGUCGUGAAGCACAAGGGCACUGACCCCCUAAGUGUCUGCGUCAGAGAAAAACACCCCAUCACUGCAGGUCUGGAUGCUUCCUGCCCACAGGCACCAAACCCCUGUGAUCCGUCAACUACUUGCCAAAGGAAACCAUCACUCCGGAGAUAAAGCCCUUGGAAGAGGCUUUUCCGUGGACCUCCCCUCCUUCAGGAGCCAUAGGGCAGCCUUUUCACGUGGGUAACUGGAACUCAAGCCAUUAGUACGGUGUGUGGUACCUAAGAGGCUGCUACAGAACUGAAAUUAACUGGACAUUUUAUAGGAUUUAUACACAUGUUGGUCCUCAAAAGCUACAAACCAGUGGUCUGCAAAAUAAAAUGUGUUGGAAACCUCUGA